AUGGCCGAUUUCGACACAACGUAUACGAUAGAGGAUGUGGGACAGUUACGGUCCGAGCUGGACCACGUCGUCGACACGCAAUGCGCCGCCCAUGCCCACGAGACCAUCGACGACGCCCUGCGAACCUGGCUUUCCCUAGCCUCCCGCUGCCGCCAUGAGUUCUGCCAGUCCGAAGAUGUCGUCGCGAGCUGCUCGCGGGCUCUUUUACGCGGCAACCUCUUCAAGACCAACCCGGACUAUGUGCGCACGCAGAUUAUCUACAGCUUGCUGGAGGCAGACGAAGACGACGCCGGACCCUUGUACAUCAUCGCCAGCUUCCUGCUGCUCGAUGGACAAUCACAUGAGGCGACUUUCCGAAGCAUGAUGGAGUGGAGCUGUUUCCAGCGGCUGGUAGAAUUGAUCAAUGGCCGGAGGGAUAUCGAUCCGGGUCUGCACCGGCUGCUUCUGGAGCUCCUGUACGAGAUGUCGCGAAUCGAGCGCUUGAGCGUCGACGACCUCUUGCACGUCGAUGACGGCUUCGUGACCUAUCUCUUUCAGCUCAUCGAGGAUUAUUAUGACGACGUACAUGACCUGUACCACAAGCCCAUCAUUCGCGUUCUUCUUGUUCUGAAUGAGCAGUACAUGGUCGUGUCUGCCUCGGCCGUCACCGACCCUACGUCGCCGUCUGCCCCCAUGACCAACAAAGUUGUCAAGUGCCUCAGCCUCCACGGCCUGCUCUUCAAGACCUUUGGCGAGAACAUCAUACUACUCCUCAACCGAGAGACCGAGACAGCGCUGCAGUUGUUGAUCCUAAAGCUGCUGUAUCUCCUAUUCACUACCAAGGCGACGUACGAGUACUUCUACACGAACGACCUGCGCGUUCUCCUCGAUGUCAUCAUCCGCAACCUCCUCGACCUACCGAACGAGCUCAUGUCGUUGCGGCACACGUACCUUCGAGUUUUGUAUCCGUUGCUCGCGCACACGCAGCUCAACCAGCCACCGCAUUACAAGGAAGACGAGGUGCAAAAGGUUCUGAGGAUACUGGCCGGAACAGGAAACGCGCACUUUGCUCCAGCGGAUGAGACGACGCUCCGGCUUGUAGACCGCGUGGCCAAGGUGAAGUGGCUUGCGAGCGACGGCACGGGCGCGGGUGAGAUCGCACGCAAAUUCCUCGGCAUUAGUCUGUCGCCCACCGACACCGCCAGCAACAUUAGUGUCGUCGACGUGGCGGCUGUCAUGGAGAAGCCGGGUGUGAAGACGCCGAGUCGGAAAGCUCACGAGGAGGCCGAGACGGACGCCGAGAAGGAUGCUGUUCCCGGCGCGGGAGCCGAAGGAGGAGCAAAGAUACCACCAAUGCCAGACAGGGCAAAGAAACCACCGGUAGUGCCCAGACACAAACACGGCAGACCAUAUGAUGCUGCGUUUUCGUCGGUGAAUGGAAAUGGCAGUACGAGCAAGGGACCGCCGCCCAAGGUACCACCACCACGGAAGGGGAGGCUCAAGCCCGUGGCUCCAGCUUCCGAGGCAUCGACAGAGCAGGUGUCCUAG